AUCUUUCGCCAUGUAUUGUUCGGAUGGAAAAUCCAAUCAAUUUUGCAUUAACAAACCCAUGGAAUGGCCAAGUGGAAAUCCAGCAAAAUUUAAGUUCCACGAGGAAACCGAAGCUAUAUUAAAUGAGCAAGUAAAUGCUGAACUAAAGGCUUUUUAUUAUUAUCUUUCCAUGGCUGCGUAUUUCGGACGAGCCGAUGUUGCAUUGCCAGGUUGUGAAUCGUUUUUCAUGCAAAUGCAUCACGAGGAGCACGAGCAUGCUCUGAAAUUUGUUAACUAUGUUAAAAUGCGCGGAGGCCGUGUUAAUUUAUGCACGGUACAGCAUCCCGCCGAUCAAGAUUGGAAAUGUCCGCUGUACGCUUUUAAAACGGCUCUAGAACUAGAAAUUGAAGUAAGUGAAAAGCUAGUAGCCGUGAACACCGUGGCUGAGAAACAUGGAGAUUUAAAUGCAAGUGAUUUUAUCGUUACCGGCUUUAUGGAAGAUCAAAUGAAGAGUGUCAAUGAAAUGGGAAGAUUUGUGGCUGUCUUGUCUGGAAUCGGUGAUCAUGCGUUGGCACGUUUCAUAUUCGACAAAGAUUUACUUGAGAAUCACGUUAUACCAAAAUUUAAUAUUCUCCGAACUACAUUGCGCCAAAAUGAGACUGAUAGAUAG